CAGAGCUAUCACGCGUCCCACUAUUCCCCACAACCGGUGCAAUACACGCCUCCGCAUGGAGGUUAUGGGGGACAGUACGGAUACGCCUACUUUCACAGUCACGAACAGCCGCAUUCCAUACACGCCGGUUAUCAGACCAUUCCCUCAUACCCCCAGUAUCAAUCCUCACCCGAUGGGCAGAACUAUGCUCCACAAUCGCCCGCCUCUGGAGGCUCCCAGUUCCACUAUCCAUCCUUGUCUCCCGGAUACAACCCAUACCCGCAGUCGUAUCCCUCGUCGUAUCAGCAGCAUGUCUUUCCACCAGGAGCGUACCCGGCGUAUGGACCACACUCAGCAGGCCAGGAAAACGACGGUGGCACUUGGUGGUAUGUGCCUCCACCGCACAGCCAGCAGUCACAUUCUCAGUCACCGCAAUCUUACGAGGCUGGCCCAUCAAAUCAGUAUUCUUACUUCCCAUCGUCUAUCCCAUCGCAACAGCCGCAGGAGGCGCAGCCCGCGGAUUCCUCUCCGCGACCAUCGAGCCGCUCAUCAGCAUCUGAAUCUGGCCCAACGUCCCCGACCCCGGGUGGUCGUGAAAAGCCAGUCGUCCGGCGCCCGUAUCAUCCGAAUCCCCCUGCACAUCGCUCAGAAUGGGUGAUGUGGGCAGGCAACGUGCCAAGCGAUGCGGGCCACGACGAACUGUGGCGAUUCUUCACUCAACCAGAGGACGAGGCCAGCGCUAGCGACGCGGCCCCCGAACUCAGCACGUCUACCAACGUCAAUGGUGUUUUAUCGAUCUUCCUUAUAUCUCGGUCAAGCUGCGCGUUUGUCAAUUACGAGACGGAAACGCAUCUAAACGCCGCCAUCACCCGGUUCAAUGGAGUCCCCCUGCGUGCUGGUGACGCGCGAUGUCCACGUCUGGUGUGUCGCGCUCGACGGAAGGAUGAUGAUCUACGUGCUGGAGUCGGUGGACAGCGGGGAAUAGGGAUGCACGCUCGAUGGGUCAAGGAAAAGGCUGCGGAAAGGAGGAACUCGGAGGUGUCCCUGGAUAGCUCUGAUGUGGCUCAUUCACUUGAUCCGCAAUUCAGUUCGCUGUCGCUUUCCGGUGACGAGAGAUCUGCGGUGCAGCCUCCCGGCACAGGUUCUCCUAGCUCUGGAUCGCAUGCGUCGACAGAUUCCAGCUUGUUGCGGCAGCACUUUCCGCAGCGAUACUUCAUUCUCAAGAGCCUGACUCGGGAGGAUCUGGAUCUGAGUGUCAAGACGGGUGUCUGGUCAACCCAGAAGCAUAACGAAGGAGUGCUGGAUCGGGCCUUCAGAAACUCUCAGGACGUGUUCCUCAUCUUCAGCGUUAACAAAAGUGGCGAGUUUUAUGGUUACGCGAGGAUGACGGGACCAAUGGGUUCGAUUCGUUCAGGAAAACGGCCUGUGGGAACAUCAUCACAGCCUCUCCUUUCGACUGAAUCCACCCUUCUCAGCGCUGGCCAUUUCGUUGACGCCUCACCCCUGGAAGUACGCAGCAUUGAUUCACCGCUGAACGUCCAGUCUGCGCCAGCCAUCUUGGGACAGCCGCAUCGGGCGAUCAGCGGUUCUGGCCCGGCACUCAAAUUCAGUUCAGUCAAUGAACCUGUUAAAUUGAAUCCAUUGGCUCCAAUACGAGCCAUUCGGAAUGCCGUGGCUUCAUCCUCGAUCGAGCAGGGAUUGUCUGGGGGCUCAUCGCUGGGAUCUGUGCCAGAGGAGAAGAAGGCGGGGCCAGUGGUCACGGAGCCGGGGGCGGCUACGAGGGAAGACAGUUUGGGCCAGGAAUUUACUUUGGAGUGGCUCUGCACCGAACGACUGCCGUUCACCAAAACGCGACAUCUUCGCAACCCAUGGAAUCACGAUCGGGAAGUGAAAGUGUCUCGAGAUGGAACGGAGCUGGAACCUGUGGUUGGGCAGGCUUUACUGGACGAGUGGCAGGCGGUGCGACCUGGACCAUGAUUUAUGAUGAAUCACUUUACGAAGCAACGGGCAUUGCAACACACGAGCAAUAUCUUGUCAUUCACGAAACAAGGCCCUGUAACUUUACCACUCAUUUACUGUUAUAUCAUUAGUCGACGCACUCACCCGAGUUUUGCAUGCUGAGUGGAACCGAAAUCUGCGCGGCGACUUGCGAUCUUUGAUGUCGUCACAGCCGCCUGUGGUAUGGUGACAUCCUCUCCUUUUCACCAUCCACCUCACUUCUCGACGGGCGCAUCUCACCCGUGUGCCUAUGCGUAACACGAGCAUUCCCGCUGGAUCCGGAUCCGCCUCGGACUACGAGGAAUACUCGGACGCGCUCCAUUGGGCCUUCAAAGGCAAUCACAUUCUCUUCUCCUCCAUCCACCUUGGCUCGUUCCGGGGAUUUCUCCUCGCGACUCUCCUCACUGUUAUUACAUGUGCUGUUGAAAGAUUUCUGUCUUUCGCAUUUGAGCGCCACUGGGGACCAGCUUGGAUGCAGCGCUCGCGCGCUAUGAAUGCGCUGUGGCGCGCGGGCAUGUAUUGGGUGCUGGCUGGUCUUCGACUUGGGUACAUGCUGAUCGCUAUGAGCUUACACGCCGGCUUAAUACUUGUUGCACUCAUGACACUGGCAAUCGGCCAGUUCCUGAUUGAAAUGCAGACCCCACCACAGGCGGUCAGCCACGCUCGCGACUAUGAGUUCGGAAGGCUAGACAACCGUUCCCCGGUCGAGGAAAUGACCCCGCUGUAUCCGAACUUCGAGCUAGACAGCUCGAUUCCAGAGUCAAAGCAACGCUCGAAAACAAGAAUGUUGCAAGCGGAUAUGUCGGCCGUCGAUCUAGGAGGCGAAACAGCCCGAGUGCGAGCCACUGUCUAUGCACCCGAUUCGGCUGUCGAAUGGGAGACCGGUAAAGGUCGUGACGUUGCUCGAGCACUUUUGGGAAGCAGAGAGGAAUCGAAUUAAAUUAGCGGACAGUAAUUAUGACCAGCUCAUCUAAUAUGAAUUACGGUCAGCUGUGUAAUAGAGAAAGAAAAGGAUUCAGCACGCA